CUACGUCUUCUCGAAGCAACUUUCCCAGGUCGGUAGAGGUCGCCAUACUUUGUAAAGGAAGUGCCCUUCUUCCUUCCAGUGUCUCCAAAUCACGUCUAAACUAUGGUAGAUUACAGUAAAUGGGAUCAUAUUGAGGUAUGUAUUUAUAGAAUGAGCUUAUUUGGAAUGUUCUUCCUUUAAUGCACCUUCUCAGUUGUAAAUCGUACGUGUUGUUUAGUCUCAAGUAUUGAAAUAAAUUAAGUCGACUGCUUAGAGCUUGUUCUCGUUCCAGCCUUUCUUCAGUUUGUUUUGUUCGUUUUUCUUAGUUUUGUAUUUCAAUUAUAAUUCCUGUAUUAUUUUCGAGCACAAAAUAAUCUUCAGAAUAUUAAAAGCACUCUGAGGUAUGCAAGGCCUUUUGGGGUUUAAAUGGCAAUUACCCAAAUUGCACGAGCAAAAUUGAAAUAUGUGAAGGAUUCUUUCAAUUCUGGUCAAACGACGCUAUCGUGUGAAUGGCCUUUUUUGGGGUGGUAUUUAGACAAGAGAGUGAUCCUUUUGGCAAUCUUUGGUGACAAGGCUGUAAUUUGAAGCAGAAAAUAAAACAAGUUUGAGGACAAUAAUAUUCCGUGUAUAGAACCUGAGAUUUAAAUAAGACAAUCUAUCCGGCGAUUUAGACUUUUCUUUUUGCAUUUAGAACUUCAUACAAAAUGAAUGUUGCUAGAUGCAAAUGAUACAAUUGAAUGAUUCCACCUUUCCAAGUUUUUACUACAAUUGGAUUAGAAAACAUAUACAUGCAGUGUAAGUUAAUUAUGGUUCAGACCACUAUUUGUUGAGGUGAAUAGUGACAGAUACUUACCAAGCUGGAAAUUAGCAAGGUAGGCAAUCACCAGUUCUCUUGCACUGAGGUUAAUAAUUAUAUCAGUAUAUGCUGUAUAGGAACCCCAGAAUUGGUUUAAUUCUGUCAACAUACUGAUUAGUGGUUACAAAUCAAACUUGUGAUUCAUGAUUUUGUCUCUUUGGCUGCUUGGGGGGUGAACUUUACAUUGCACUUGCCAAUUACUGCUGAGGUAAGCAAUAUAGGUGCACAAAAACUACAAUUCACCUGUGUAGUCUAUAUUGAAUUAGAAAAUUUGUUUGAGGUUCCCCUAGUACAGUGGGUGCUGCAAUACAUGAAUUAUUCAUGCCCAAAAUGCUUUGGUGCUCAUGGAAUACAGAGGUCAAAAUAGAUAACUUUAAAGUGGGCUGAACAUUUUAAAAACAAUUAUGUGAUCUCUAAGAGUUAACAGUGAUUUUGGCAUCUGAAGGUUACAAAACUUAAUGGAUGCCAUCCUGAAAAAUAUUUCUACAUGCACGUUUUCUUAAGAAACCACCACAAUUAUAGAACUGUUAUGUUUCAGUAUUAAAAAAUUGGAAAUGUGUGACAUUCCAAUGCUGCCUAAAGGGAAUUAUUUGAUUUAGAAAAAGAUGGUGGCACUCUUUUGUUCCUGUUAACGCUAAGGCCAAUUGACAGAAAAUCCCAUUAACUUUGCCUAAAUAAAUUGAUUUGAAGAGGAGUCAUCUCACCAAAACUCCAUAAGGAGUUUUUGUCUUCUCAAGGUCAAAAAGCUUGUGUUAUGUUUUUAUGAGAAUUAUGUCAACACUGGGAUCACAUUGUGAGUGCCCAUCCAUUAAUAAAAGUAAAACCACCGACAUUCAUAGCAAAUAAAAUGGCCUAUGAUGGAAAAUGAUAGUUUUCCAGUCAUGUUUUCUCCAGUGCGUUUCUGUGGGCAUGUUUUGGUGGUAAGGUGUGGGCUAAAGGGUUGCAGUGAAAAAAUGUCAAAGGUUAUUGAAGUCAAUGAUUCACAUUAGUCAAACUUAUACUGCAUUUAUCAUAACUGUUACACUAACAAUUAAAAAAAAAAAACUUACAGAAGUCAACCUCUUGUUUACCUUUUUGAAAUGGUUUUUGAUUUAAUUUCAGUCUCAUCAUCGCAUCUAAAUGUUAUAUUUUGGUUAUUUUGUGUAUUUUUUAAGGUUAGUGACGAUGAAGAUGACACACACCCUAAUAUUGAUACGCCAAGUCUGUUUAGAUGGCGGCACCAAGCCAGAGUGGAAAGAAUGGAGGAAGCAAAGAAAGAAAGAGAUGCUGUUGAAACAAAGCUUUCAGAGUGAGUGUUUUACCGUGUGAUGUGUAUUUACUUAGGAUAUGUGAGGAAAUAUUUUUAGUUUUGGAUGAUUUUUUCCAAUUUGUUUUUUAAAUGUAAACACAAUCCUCACUUAAUUAGUUAUUAAUUGUGCUGGUCACUUUGAUCCAAUAUACCGAAAGUUCUUUGUCACAGAAAGGAAAACAAACCAAGAAACACAACAUGUACCUAAUUAUUCACAGUGUAGGGUUAAAUAGCUAGGCAGUUUUUAUAAAUUGAAACUUAAAUGUAUUUUUCAUGUAAGAAUGUGUCUGUGGAUAACAUAGUUUACUACAUAACUCUUUAGAACAAUUAUAAACUGAAUUUUGAUAUUAGUAUCAAUUAAUUUGUUUAUCUAUUUUCCAAUUAACCAGGCAUAAAAAGAGGCUUGAACAGGCCAGAGAAAACCUGAAAGCUGCAGAAAAAGCAGAGGACAAAGGAAAAGAAGAGAAAUUUCGUAGAGAAUUGGAGCAUUUGGAGAAAAAGGUUUGAAUUAAACCAGUCCUGUUUUUAACAAUUAAAAAAGGGAAAAAGAAAAUGUCUCAGUCUGUACUUUUAUAUGGAAGCUCAACAUGAUAAAUCCACCAGGGUUAAUCAUUCUGCAAGACCAGUUUGACAUCACUUAACCCUUUAACUCCCAGAUCAAAUUUGUCUUUCUCCUUUUUGUCAACCAUACAAUUCUUAUAAUGUUAGGUCAGAGAAUUUAGUAUUGGAUCAACUAACUAUCCCCAAAUUGACAUUUUUCUUUAUUCUCAUCACUUAUCUGGUUGAUAUUGUAUUGAUAUUAAAAGGAGCAAUUCUGUCUUGGUCACUCAUGAGAGUUAAAGGAUUAAUACCAAGUUAAGAACAUAUUAAUCAGUUUAAGCCUUUUUUGUCCAUAGAACCCUGUUACAUGGUUGUAUUUGUAUGUUUAUAUUUAGCUGAAUUUUGAAAAAUUAUUUCUAGAUGAAAGAACUUAAAAAGGAAGAUGAAGAACUGACCAAGAAAGAAAAGGUGAGCCCUUGAUCAACUGUUUUGUUUGUAGGCAGGUAUUCAUGAAGCUACAGUGAGUUAGGGUUAAGGAUGUGUACCAGAGAUGUUUGACAAAAAGGAUAAUGACAGUUUAUGUGGAAUCAGCCAUGAUAUUUUAUGCCCAGUCCACAUUUGUGCCAACUCUCUUGGUUUACCCAGGAUUCUCUUAAGAAACAGAAUGAAAUUCCAUGGCAAUCACAGUUUGCAAAACAUUCUGCCUUCAAGUAACCAAGGUACGCGUAGCUUUUCAGACAUGGGUUUAGGUUGGUGUCUCAAAAGUCUUGGGAAUUUACCAUUCAUCACCCAGUCCCUAAUUAUUGCUCCCCAACCUCUAACUCCUAAGAUCUGAUUUUUUUAAAUUCUCCAUUCUGGCUGUCACAUGUUUCCUUGUAUUUGAUCUUGGUGACAACUUCUCCCUGAUAAAUUUGGCAAUAAGUAUUCUCAUAACCUGUUUUGCUGAAAAAUGUUUGGAAAUCAUAGGGAGAAGUUACAUGUUAAUUAGUUCUGGGAGUAAAAGGGUUAAGAUUGAUUGUACACUUUAGGUAUCAGUUACAAGUUCAUCUGUAUCAAGUUGUACCCUAUUUAGUGGUCACUCUGUACUAAGCAGUCUGUAUUGAAAGUCCCACAAUUUGUUCCCCUUUUUACUCUAUUUUUCUUUUCUACUAACCCUUUGACCUCCUGAGAGUGAAUAGUGUCUAAUUUCCCUCCCCACCCCCCCCCCCAAAUCACACUUUAAAGUCACAAGAUCAAAGAAAAUGAUCAGUAAUCCAAGAUGCUCUUCAUUGUGAAACAAAUUCUACCUGUCAGUACUUACAUGUCGAAUAGGGUUAAGCGGUCACCUGAUUCAUGGUCAUCCUUUGCUGAGUCCUAACAGCCUGUUUGUAUUGUCUCCCAUCUGUAUUGUACGAUCACUUACUGUAGAGUAAAACCACUCAUUCCCAAGUAAAACUAAGAAUGAUCUUUCAAGUAAAUUUAAUCCAUGUUUAUCUUCCAAAAUCAAUGUUAGUAGUAUUAAUUUUUUGAGGGAGGUGUUGUACAUUAAGUGGUCAAUUAUAGCAUUAAAUGGUAUUUCUUUCAUAUAUUUUAUAGUAUCCCUCUUCUGUAGAACCUGUUUUAAGUGGUAACCCUGUCACUCCUAGUGGGUGCCCACUUGGUGUAGGUCUGAAUUUAUAAUCAAUAUUGGAUAUUACUGUGCUUUCAUGCACAAAUCAAUUAUGUUGAUUUGUUUUGCAGAAAGCUCCAAAGAAUGUGGACACAUUGAGUCAGGCUGGAUUCACCAGAACAGUAAGUUGACAUGAAGAAAAAUUCAUAAAACUGAGGACUCUGUGAUUGUUAAAUGCUUUCAACCAAUUUAUUCCAAGAUAUGGCAGUCUUAAGGGAAUUAACUAUCUAUCUGUUGUUCUUGACCAAGAUUAUCAACGCUCCAAAGAAACAGGAUGAAAAUUUAACAGAAGAGGAAAAGUUAGACAGAUCAGUAAGUGCAGUGUAUAUAACUAGUGGUCUGUGUCUGAACUGUUUUGGUUUUUACGCCCUUAACUUGCAACUUUUAAUUUUUUUUUUGUUGUCAUUCUUCUGAUGUUCACUACAUUUUUCAAAAAUAACACUUUUAAAGACACUUGACUGGCUUGCUAUUUUUAUUGUCUGUGGAAAGUGUUGAAACUUAAGUCAACCACUUUUGGGCUCUUGGAAAACUACAAUACAGUGUUUUUAAAAGCAUUUACUUUGUCUUACUAGUUUUUAGGCCAUAUGUUUUUUUUUUGUUUAGAAUUCAGUCAUGUUUGCCAUGUAAACUCACAGUACAUGUAAUUUUUAAUUGAAAACUUUUCCAGCCUAACCCUUUUACUCCCAACAUCUGAUUGUUAAUCCUCCUUCAUGGCAGCUACAGAUUUCCUUGUAAACUAAUUACUAGUUCAAUCAAGAUUAAAACUUCUACCUGAUAAGUUUGAAUACUCUCAUGACCUGUUUGCUGAAUACAGUAUCGAUUUGAUUGAGAGAAGUCACAUGUUUGUCACUCCUGGGAGUUUAAAGGGUCAAUAUCAUCUCUGUUGAUGUGUUAUCUUCAUUUCCCUCACUAUGUAUGUAUGAAAACCUCAAAUAGCUUGGGAGAAAUUAAAGCCAGUUGUAGCAUGACGGGCAAUGUUGUAAGAGAUGAUAAAUUAAUGAAAUUAGGUAAUAAACAACCAAGGCAUCAGAAGUGACAAUCAUGAUAGCAAAGGCCAACCUAAAGAGAAAUCAGAGCAACACAAAUUUGACAUUUGACAAUUCUUCUCCAGCCCAAUGACUUAUUGGAAUAACUAAACUCAUGGUACAUCAUAACACACACUUGAACUUAUUUUCAUGAUUUUUUCUCCCUUUGUGUGAUUUUUUAGCAAGCCUUUAUGGAUAAGUACAAGAAAGAAAUAGAACAUUUUGGAAUGUUGCAUGAAUAUCAUGACAGUGAAGAUUAUCUUCAGAAAAAUCCCCACCUGGCUUGUGAGGACACUGCCAACUACCUGGCUUUGUGGUGCAUCAACUUGGAAGUUCAAGAGGUAAUAAUAUCAGUGGUCUGUAAGAAGUGUGAUUAUUCAAAUAUUUGUUCAAGUAAUGACAUAAUUACAUUCUGGGUUGAGGCAGUGAUCUGUAUACAUUCUUUGCCACUUACAAUAAGGUUCUACAAUUUUUUUGUCUGAUAUUUUGGUGACCUUGUAUAGUGUACCAUGUACAUGAAAUAUUUCCAUCUAUCGAGAGGAGUAUAUACAUGCCCUGUUGCUUCAUGCCACAGAAACCAUUGCUAAGCCUUGGCAGUAAUUGGCCCUUCAAGAAUCAACCUCCCCACGUACCCCAUGUAUUGUUAAAGACACCUGUACCUAGUGCCAUAGUUUACAAGGAGGAUUUACAGACUCCUGUAUAUCAGCCUGUCUUUUUGUUCAUUAGAAACAUGCCCUGAUGGAGCGAGUUGCUCAUCAGACCAUCAUUAUGCAGUAUAUACUGGAGCUAGCUAAGUCAUUAGAUGCCAGUCCACCAGCCACUAUUCGCAGCUUUUUCACUAAGUAAGUAUUGAAUUUGUUUAUAGACAACUGUUGGACCCAUACCCAUGUGUGCAGUUUAUUGAUUAAAAUCUCUCAAAUUCUGAGUCGCCUGCACUUUCAGAGGAGAUAAAGAUAGAAAAUUUAAAAUCAAGGACUACCCUUUCACUCCUAGGAUCUUAUUUAAAAUUUAUUCUGACUGUCUUCCUUAAUUUUUUUUCCACAUUACUAACAGUAACAUUUUUGUUCCCAUUUAUCUCAAAGGAUGAAGAAAGCAAAAGUAGACUAUAAAGAAUACAUGGACGCAUUUGAGGAUGAACUUAAAUCAUUCUUGCAAAGGGUAAAGGAAAGAGCUCAAGCCCGCAUUGAUAAGGCUAUGAAGGAAGCUGAAGAGGUUAGGCUAUGCAAACUAUGGGCAGAUUGUCUGUGCACACCUGUCUGAUAUUUUAUUUGUAUGGUAAAGAUGUUUGUUACAUGUAGUUGUCACUUAAGAAAAAUAUGUUUAAUUUAGCUCAUUUUCAUUUAUUUUUUUUUUCUAAAAUUGCUCACAGAUGUGCAUCUGUUAGCAGUGUAAAUGUUAAAAAAACAAGUUAUUUUUAGUCUUAAUAAUACAGUGUAAUUUGCAUAUUUAAUUUUGCUUAUAUUAUUACUUUGCAUUUUUGUUUGCUAAUAAACCAAAUUCAUUGAGAAAAAGAGGUUUAGCUAUUAAUAGUCUUGGAUUUGCAAAUUGUCACUGUACCUUCUUAGUGCAAAGAGUUUGGUUGUAGUUUACUUUGCAAAAGGGCAAUGGCACAUUAAUGAACUGGCCAGACAGAAUAAAACAGAAUUUGAACAACACUUAGGUCAUCAUGUUAAGAGAGUUCCUGUUUUUAUUUCAACCAGUUAUGAUUGUUCUUUUUAGGAGGAACGCCAACAGAGACUUGGUCCUGGAGGACUGGAUCCGGUGGAAGUGUUUGAUUCAUUACCCCCAGUAAGUGUAGCCUUGAAUUGUGUUAUGCAGCAUGUGCUGCUUUACAUCACACAGUAGUUAGGGGUCUGAUCAUAAAGGUUCCUCUUUAGCCAUUCUCCAUUGCUACAGUUCUAAUGUUUGAUGUACUCAGGGACUGACCUACUGGCUGACUGACUUACAGACAUGUUUGCUGACCAAUUAAUACAGACAUGACUGAUAUAUAACUGCCUGACUAACUGACAAAGACUUACUGACUACAUAGCUGACUGACACAGACUGACUGUAAAAUGACUAAUCAACCUACUGACUAGCUGAUUGACAGAGCCUCUGAUUUACUGACAGGCUGACUGAUUAACGAACCAAUUUACUGAAUGGGGAUGCAAAUGGACGCAGUACCUGAUUGACAGACUGAUUAAAUUGGACAUUAGCCAACUACACUGUAAUUAACCAGCAAAUGGCAGAUCAACCAAUCUUACUGCCCAAAUACCUGUCUAAUUGAAGUAUAUUUUUUUGCUUGUUUAAAUGGAGAGAAACUGAUUAUACUUUGGGUUCCCUUGCUCACUAACAAAAGAAUAUUUGUGUCUGCUUCAGGAACUUCAGAAAUGCUUUGAAGAAAAAGAUAUCCCCAUGCUACAAGAAGUUCUCGGCAAAAUGCCUGAAGAAGAAGCUAAGAUGUACCUACGACAAUGCAUUGACUCUGGUUUGUGGAUUCCAGAUGCUAAUAAAGCACAAGCUGAGGGACGAGAGGAGGCUGGUGUUACAGAGGAGUCAGAAGAAGAUCAGUAUGACAGUUUGUCAGAAGAUAGUGACAAAUAAAUCCUCAGGGGGCAUCUGUAUGUAAUGUGCUCUGUUUUUAGUGCUUUUAUAGUUAAUGUCCUGGCGUUUGAAGUUUAAAGAGAGAAAAAAAUUUAAAAAAAGGGAAAAAAAAUGUAACAUUUGGUUGUCAUAACUGUACCAUAUCCAAUAUGAGAAAAGCUAGGUCUAAAAACAACUGGUGUCCCAGAAAAAUUUAUUAAAGGACACUUGAGUCUCAGUUCAUGUUGAAUGAAAGAAAGGAGACCUGAGUGAAAACAGCCUUUGUGCCUAUCAUCUACUGCUUGGAAAGUAGAAAACUUGUACAACGUAAACAAACAGAAACUGUAUCAUGAGGCUGUCUUGUCUUUAGCUAACCGCAGAAUUGGUGGCUAGAUGAUUCACCAAUCACCAGAUUGCAGCCACAUUAAUUUCAACAAACUGACAUGUUAUGGUUUUCCUAAAGCUUCUGGAAAUCCUGUUAGAGUUCUGUUGAAAGACCAGGAAACCAGUUUGUGUAUUCUUAAAUGCCCCAGUGAUAAAUAAAGUUCUGAUUGUGCACAGCUAUU